AUGACGUCAAAAUUGGAUAGCACCACUAGUGUAAAAUGGGAAGAGCACAAGAAUUCUCUCGCGGACAUGCCUACGCUGGAUAACUUCCAUUCUUUCCUAAAAGGUCGUGCAGAUGUCCUUGAAACCGUUCAGCGGAAUAAACAGGACAAGUCAUUUAAGCGUCAAUCGGACGCGCCUGUUUUACCGCAGCGGCCUAAACCUAGUCUGCCUAGCGUUAAAACCUUCAUGGCUCAAACCAGUGAACCCUCAGGUUCCAAGCCACUUCAAUGCGUGAGUUGUGGCGGCGAACAUCGUAUUUUUGACUGUGCGUCUUUCAAGGCCAAAUCGUCUGAGGACAGACUCGCUCAGGCAAAUACUCUAAAAUUAUGUCACAACUGUCUUAGACUAGGGCAUGAUGUUCGACGCUGCAGGUUGCCAGGCAGCUGUCGUUCAUGUAAGCAGCGUCACAACACACUUUUGCAUCAAGAAACUGGGCCUAGUGAAGAUGCUAUUCAAGUCAACCUUUCAAAGUUGAAUCUGCCAACCCCGUCUAAGGGUCUACUUGCAACAGCUUUGGUCAACUUGGUAAAUCCGACAACAAAGAAGGUAGUUACCGCGCGUUGCUUUCUUGACAACGGCUGUGAGUCGUCGUUCAUCACUCAAGACAUCAAACAACGGUUAGGCUUGAAGUCUAUUACACCUAACAAUCUUACUCAGAACCUAGAGGGUGUAUGUGACAUUGAAGUUCGUAUCAAGGUCGAUCGUUGUAUUCUAGAAAUUCAGUCUCUUCGAAGUUCCUUCAGUGCCAUCUUGACGUGCACAGUCUUGCCACAGAUAACCAAACCUAUACCAAAGGUCAGCUAUGACGUCAGCCAUCUCAACCUAGCUCCCUUCGAACUUGCAGAUCCUAACUUUAACCAAUCGUCCCCAAUCGACAUUCUCGUAGGUUCUGACCUCUUUUGGGACAUAUUAGGAUCUCAGCAACAAUCUUUAGGUGAUGGCAAUCCUAAAUUACGGAGCUCUAAAUUAGGAUGGAUAGACGAGCCCGACUGCUUGGGUGACUCAUACACAGCAGCCAAGAAGCGAUUUCUUCAUCUAGAACGUCGUUUUAGGAAGCAGCCAGAAGUCAAGGAACGUUAUUCCAAGUUCAUUCACGAAUAUGAGGAACUUGGCCAUCUUUCUCCUUCGACCAUUCCGAGGCCUCCCAAUGCGUUCUUUUUGCCCCACCAUCCUGUCAUCAAGGAGAAAAGUGAGUCUACUAAAUUGCGGGUUGUCUUUGACGCGUCUGCGCGCACAUCCUCUGGACUCUCUGUAAAUGACCUGCAGAUGGUGGGAGCUACGAUUCAAGACUCACUCUUCAACAUUCUAAUUCGAUUUCGGCAAUAUCGCUAUGUUCUUUCCGGAAACAUUGAGAAAAUGUACCGCCAAGUCUUGGUUCACGAGUCUCAACGCGAUUUGCAGCUCAUACUAUGGCGUGAUGACGAGUCUCAGCCUUUGCGGACUCUAAGACUGAAUACAGUCACGUAUGGGUUCGCUAGCGCUAGCUUCCUCAGCACUCGUUGCAUCUGGCAGAUUGGUGAAGAGUGUCAAGAUCCUCUAGUCAAAACGAUUAUCCAGAAAGACUUCUACGUCGAUGAUCUUUUGACUGGUCAUGAUGAUGAAGAGCAACUUCGCUUUAUUCAGAAGUCUGUCUCUCAAAGCUUAGCCGCAGGAUGCUUUCCUUUAAGAAAGUAUAGGUCUAAUCUACCUUCUAUACUCGCUGCGGAAGUCAACAAUACCGACGGCAAUCUGAUGCUCAGUUCUUCCACUGACACCCUUGGUCUUAACUGGGAUCCAUCAGUGGACAUCCUACGUUUCUCCAUUGAAAUGAACCCAGUCGAAACUCUAACCAAGCGGAGUAUACUUUCAUCAACGUUUAAAAUAUUUGACCCGCUUGGUCUAGUCUCUCCUUGCACAAUCAUACCCAAACUUAUCAUUCAAAGUUUGUGGUCCUUGGGGCUAAAUUGGGAUGAUCCUGCUCCUCAAGACAUACAAACUACUUGGCAGAAGUUUGCUGACAAUAUCAAGAGCAUCUCCGAGCUGUCGAUCCCUAGGCGAGUAUUGAUUGACAACUAUGUAACGGUAGAAAUGCACGUCUUCUGCGACGCCUCUCAAAAGGCGUAUGGAUCAGCUGUUUACCUGCGAUCUCUAGACGCUGAAGGUCGAGUCUUAGUGCGUCUUUUAUGCGCUAAGAGCCGAGUUGCUCCAAUAAAACCAGUGAGUAUCCCGCGUCUAGAAUUAUGCGGCGCCCUUCUUGCAGCUCAAUUGAGUGUCUCAGUGACUGGUGCCCUCCGUUGUCAAAUAUCGCGUCAUGUCUAUUGGACUGACUCAAGCGUCGUGUUAUCGUGGCUAAACACAAGCUCAAACAAAUUAAAAACAUUUGUGGCUAACAGGGUUAGCGAGAUAGGAGAACUAACUGAUGUGACUGCUUGGCGCCACGUUCCUACUUUGGAAAAUCCAGCAGAUCUGCUAUCUCGCGGCGUUGAACCAAACCGCAUUGCCAGCUGCUCCGCUUGGUGGCAAGGACCUACUUUCUUGCAAGGCUGCGAAGAAUCCUGGCCUUCGCUGAACUCCAUCCCCAAGCAGGAUCCGCAAGAGCUGCCAGAAUUGAAGGUGAAUACCGUCACAAUCACGGAACCUUUCAUUCCCUUCUCCAACUUUUCGAAACUGCGUCGAUUGCAGAGAGCCUUAGCGUUCGUCUACAGGUUUAUUAACAAUUGCCGAGACCCUAACAACAAACUAUCCGGUCCGCUCCAAGUUAGUGAACUAAACAAAUCAUUUGACGCUCUAGUCAAGUUCUCUCAAAAUGAGUCUUUUGGUAAUGACAUAAAGCUAUUAGAGAAUAAACAAACCCUUAAUCGACGAUCAAAUAUUCUCUCACUCGAUCCCUUCCUUGAUACUCAAGGUAUCCUUAGAGUUGGUGGCCGCUUGGCAGGUGCUUCGGUGUACACCUUCGAUAAAAGGCACCCUAUAAUUUUGCACGCGAACCACCACUUUACUAAGCUGCUCUUUCAACAAGAGCAUCAGCUAUUAUUUCACGCUCCGCCACAGUUAUUGCUAGGUGCCAUAAAGGAUCGCAUAUGGCCUAUAGGCGGAAGAAACUUAGCUAGGCGUACUUAUCACAUUUGCUUCAUUUGUAGGCGUUUUAGAGGUAAGACUCUUACCAAUAAAAUGGGCAAUCUACCCGCUGAGAGAGUUACUCCCGACUACCCAUUUUACACAACUGGCACUGACUUUGCUGGUCCAUUCUUAAUUACCGAUCGUAAAGGCCGAGGAUGCAGGAUAACCAAAGCAUAUCUUUGUAUUUUCAUCUGCUUCCGUUAUAAGUGCAUCCAUCUUGAAGCAGUGAGUCAACUUUCAAAAGACGCGUUCACUCUAUGCCUCCAAAGGUUUAUUUCCCGUCGCGGCAAACCUAAACAAAUCUUCUGCGACAAUGGUAGAAAUUUCGUUGCAACCGCUAGAGAAAUCAACGAAUUUCUAAAACUUAAUACGGAUGGUAUUGUCGAUUUUGCGGCCGAUAAGGGCAUUGAAUUUCGCUUCUCUCCAGCAUACGCUCCUAACUUCGGUGGGCUGUGGGAGGCCGGUGUUAAAUCGGCUAAAUUUCAUUUGAACAGGGUUUUAGGCAACGCCCACCUAACGUUCGAAGAACUAUCUUCCUUAUUCAGUCAGAUCGAAGCCAUCCUUAACAGCCGUCCCCUUUGUCCUUUGAGCUCAUCACCCCAAGAUUUCGCUCCUCUCACCCCGGGACACUUUUUGAUAGGUAGGCCACUCACCGCGUUACCUUCGCCGUGCCUACUAGACUCCAACACAAAUCGCCUCGACAGAUUCCAGCGUCUCGAACAGAUACGGCAACAUUUUUGGAAACGCUGGAGCUCUGAAUACGUCCCUGAACUGCAGCAGCGCACGAAGUGGAAGCUCAGGUGUAGGGACCUCAAACCAGACGACCUUGUCCUGCUAAAGGAAGAUCUCACGCCUCCACUCAACUGGCGUCUCGGCAGGAUUGCACGAAUCUUCCCAGGCACUGAUGGCAUCCCUCGAGUCGCCGAUAUUUCCACAGCUCGAGGCACCGUUCGUCGAGCCAUCAACCGCAUCUGCUUACUCUCGUCCCCAGAUGACGCAGAGUCUUGA